AAAGGUUAUAAAUUCUUAUAUUUGAUAUAUUAUUUAUUUUAGAACAUGAAAUUUUAUUAUGAUUAGAAUAUAUAUACCGAUAGAAUAAGUUUGCGUGGGAAGAAAAUGGUGGAAGUGAAGCUUGUAGGGUUGAGCUUGUUGUGGUUGUGUUCAUGGUGGAGCUUAGAGGGCGUAGAAGGAGACCCUCAACUCUUUCUACUGAAAUGGGAUUGCAGCGGAUUCAUUGCACCCAACUUAUCCAACUUCAACAAAAACCUUAACGCAAGUUUUGCAGAUCUGCGAGAUCAGCUCAGCAACCAAAGGAAGCACUUUGCCACUGCACAAGCAACCGCCGGAACAGAUCCUGUCUAUGCUAUGUUUCAGUGCAGAAACUACCUCUCCGACACUGACUGCGCCGCCUGCUUAUCCGCCGCCGUCACCAAAAUUCGCAACUGCUCCGCCGGAGCCAACGGUGCCCGUGUCGUUUAUGACGGUUGCUUCCUCAGGUACGAGAGCAACGACUUCUUCGACCAGAUCUUUUCUCGCAGCAGCAUACUGUGUGGAAAUCAGACUGCAGACGGAAGCACUGAUUUUGGCGCAGUUGGAGAACAAGUGCUGAUAGAUCUACGAAUCGGAACACCCAAAAUCAGAGGCUACUUUGCAGCCACCAAAACAAAAGUGGCUGGUGGUGCAAUCUAUGCCUUUGCACAAUGUGCUGAAACUCUCUCACAAGACACUUGUUUGGAUUGUUUGUCAAUUGAACAGAGCAGUGUACAAGGUUGUCUUCCCAGUACUGAAGGUAGAGCAUUCGACCCUGGCUGCUUUAUGAGAUACUCAGAGACACCCUUCUUUGCUGAUAACCAAACCAUUGACAUCAGUCCCUUCUUAAAACAAGGAGGAGGAGGAGGAGGAGGUGGUUCAAGCAAGAAGUGGAUUAUUAUUGGUGGUUGUGUUGGAGGUGCACUUCUUGUUGUGAUCCUUAUUUCAUUAUUUCCCUGGCAUAAAAGAUCGCAAAGUCCCAAGAGAGUUCCCACAAAUAACGUUUUGGGAGCAUCUGAGUUGAAAGGUGCAACCAAGUUCAAGUAUAGUGAAUUGAAAGCUGCAACAAGAAAUUUUAGUGAGAAAAACAUACUGGGAGAAGGAGGCUUUGGCGCUGUAUACAAGGGGACAAUGAAGAAUGGAAAAGUUGUUGCAGUCAAAAAAUUAUUUUCAGGAAAUUCCAGCGAGAUAGAUGACAAUUUUGAAAGUGAAGUAACGCUUGUAAGUAAUGUUCAUCACAGAAAUCUGGUUCGACUCCUUGGAUGUUGCAGCAAAGGCCAAGAAAGAAUCCUUGUUUAUGAAUACAUGGCAAACAACAGUCUUGACAAAUUCUUAUUUGGUAACAGAAAAGGUUCACUCAACUGGAAACAACGCUAUGAAAUAGUUUUGGGCACAGCAAGGGGAUUGGCCUAUCUACAUGAGGAAUUCUACGUGUCUAUCAUACAUAGAGAUAUUAAGAGUGGCAAUAUCCUCUUGGAUGGACAGCUUCAACCCAAAAUUUCUGAUUUUGGUUUGGUGAAGCUCCUACCAGGGGACCAAUCCCAUCUCAGAACAAAAGUUGCAGGAACAUUGGGAUACACAGCACCGGAGUAUGUACUCCAUGGUCAGUUAUCAAAAAAGGCUGAUACAUACAGCUAUGGAAUUGUAGUACUUGAAAUCGUAAGUGGUCAAAGGUGUACUGAUGUGAAGAGUGUCGAUGGUAGCCAUGAAUACCUUCUUCGACGAGCAUGGGACUUGUAUGAGAAAGGCAUGGAGUUGGAGUUGGUGGACAAAAGCUUAGGCCCUAAUAGCUAUGAUAUAGAAGAAUUGAAAAAAGUUAUAGGCAUUGCUUUGUUGUGCACUCAACCAUCGGCUGGUAUGAGACCAGCUAUGUCUGAAGUAGUGGUGCUGCUCAGCAGCAAUGACGCUCUUGAGGAUAUGAGACCUUCAAUGCCUAUCUUUAUUGAAUCGAAUGGAAGACCCCCAAGAGAUAUCUCUGCCUCCACUGCUUCCUCUGUGUCUAAUGCCAGUGCUUCCAAUUCUAUAGUACCUGCUAGAUGAUCAAUUAUAUAGGAUAUCAAAGAAAAUUAUUUUCCUGUUUGCUUUCAAGUUGGGUACAUUUAUUUGUAAAUCUAACUUCUUUUAAAGAAUUCCUCCUAAGAUUCACUAAAAUUGCACAUCAUGAUCUUAUUUUUAACAUUAAAGUAUAAUGAC